AAACAUGGCCAACAAAUACAAGACAGAUUCAGAUUUUGCUGACUUGAAUGAUGUUGGGAUGAACUUUGGAGAGGAUGACGAUGCUGGAGAAUUUAAGUACGAAAAGCUGACAGCAGAACAACUGAAAUUGUGUAAAGACUGUUUCGAGUUCUUCGACAAAGACCAGAGUGGAGCAAUAGACAAGUCGGAACUUAUAACGGUGAUGAGAGCGGUGGGACUUAAUCCAUCUAAAAAAGAUGUGAACAAAUUGAUUACAGAAGUAGCAGGAAAAGGAGAAGACACCAUUUCGUGGCCAUUGUUUGAAGAAAUGCUCAGUAGUUCCUGGAAGUCUGUGAAACAGAGCAAAUUAGAAAUGUUGGCAUCUUUUCACAUAUUUGACAUAAAUAAAGACGGUUUCGUAGAUGCUUCAGAGUUGAAAAAAGUUUUGACAACUUCCGGAGAGGUUCUAACUGAAGAAGAAGCCGCAUAUCUUCUUAAAGCAGCUGACAUUAAUGGAGACGGAAAGAUAGAUUACAAAGAAUUUGUGAACAUGAUGUGCAAUUUUUGAUGAACCGUAGCAUCUUAGAUAAUGAAGUUCGUCUAGCAUCAGUGUAAAUGUGGAACAAAGAUGAUAUUCAGCAGGAGUUCUGGAUAUUUCUAUUUAGAGAAUCUAAGGAAGAAAGGACCCUCUGCUCAUCAAAUUAAUUCUUUUUAGUACUUGUGAAAAAAGACAGGAAUAAAAGUGAAAUGCAGGCAAAUGUAGUGUAUGUAUACCAUACUACCAUGUAGUAAAUGUAUACACACUUUGAAGCACACGAAUACGAACGGUGAUAAUCUUUUAAGUUUUACUUUUCUUGGCUUUCAUAACUUCGGUACUAAAUAUGGCACUCUUUCACUUAAAGGUAAUAUUUGAUUUGUUGAUCUUACCUUUACAAUAUACAUUUAUUGACUGCCUUCGAGAGUAAAAUGAGUUUUGUCGGACGCAAGAACACUUUGGUUUGAAGGGUCAACAAAAUGCAGUUUGUCCAGAACACUGUCUAUAAAUGUUUUGUGAUAUUUUUUCUUUAACAUAUCUUGUGCUUGCUUCAUGUUAGUGAUAAUUGAUAAGAUAAAGCUGAUCCCGCUAACAUUGUGACGAAAAAACGUCACAGCGGUCCAAUAUCUCAUCCACAGGUCCAAUAUCUUACUCAGCCUAACUAUUAGGCUGAUUUUAUCAUUGAACACCCCCCACCCCAUCCCAGUUGUUCUAUAGCAAACAUGCAUUAUUGAGUUUGUCUGCUUAUCAAGAUUAUACAAAAAAGCAAA